UUCUCUUUAUUCUGCAACCCGCGUCCCCCUAGCUGCUUACCACGCUAAUAAAGACAACAGCUAGGGUUUUACUCGUCGAUUGCUUCUCGCUCCUCGUUUUCAUGAGUCGAUCGGGCCAACCUCCGGAUCUUAAGAAGUACAUGGACAAGAAGCUUCAAAUAAAACUGAAUGCAAAUCGUGUUGUGGUUGGCACUCUUCGUGGGUUCGACCAAUUUAUGAACCUUGUCAUCGAAAACACAGUGGAGAUGAAUGGCAAUGAGAAGAAUGACAUUGGCAUGGUGGUUAUUCGAGGAAAUAGUGUGGUGAUGAUUGAAGCGUUGGAGCCUGUUGCCAGAACAUAAUUCCUCUUUCUCCUCCUCGGUGAUUCUGUUAGCUAUGUUACUGACGAAAUCCUAUAAGUCUGAUAGGGACUAUUAACAGGCGAUAUGUUUUACAAUUGUCCAAAACGUGGUUAAGAAAGUAUGACAUUGUUUUCCCUUCAAAUCUUCUAAGUUUGUACGAAGUUCAUAUUAAUCAUUGAUCACUUUGUAUUUUGUAUC